AUGCCUUUACCAAGUGGAAGUAAAGAACCAGAUGAUAGUCAAACAUGGGAAUUAGCAGAAAGAUGUCUUCUUCCAAUUGCAUUCUCACAUGCAAUUGCGGUCAUUUUAGCAACUAUAUUAAAUACAUUGAGUAUAUCACAAACGUCUAGUUUUGUGCUUUUCCUCUUAUUAUUGAUCAUAUCUAUAGGAUCUACACUAUUUUACCACAAUUUAAAGGUAACUGCAGCAGGAAAAGCGGUUCUUAUUACAGGUUGUGAUUCACGGGUUGGAUAUACUUUGAGUAAACAAUUAGAUGAAUUGGGAUUUACUGUUUUUGCUGGAUUUAACACAAAAGAAGAAAAUGAAGAAGCAAUGCAAAGACUGAAAAAGGAAGCUUCUGGUAGACUACACGUAUUACAAUUAGAUGUUACUAGCGAAUAUGAUAUUCACACAAUAUUUCUUUAUGUAAAUGAACACUUGCCAGAUGGAGCACCAGGUUUGUGGGCAUUGGUACAUGCUGCUGCUUGGGUAACUUUAGGUGAAUGUGAAUGGGUGCCCCCUUCUGUAUUAAAACGUAGCAUAGAUAUUAAUUUCAUUGGUCUUGCUCGCCUAACACAGGUUUUUUUACCACUAAUUAGAAGAUCAAAAGGUCGUGUUGUGUUAGUUAGCAGCCUUUUAGCUCGUAUUUCAAGCCCUGUUCGAGGCAUUUAUUGUGCAGUUAAGGCUGCUAUUGAAGCUUGGGGAGCGUGUCUUAGGUUAGAAAUGAGAAGAUGGGGAGUAGAUGUAGUUAUUGUUGAAACUGGUGAAUAUGUAUCUGGCAAUGCAUGGUUGAAAGAUAAUAGCGCAUUGUUGGAACAAGCUAGAGAAAUGUGGACUCAAUUAGAUCCUCAAACUCGAAAAGAAUAUGGUCAAGAAUUAUUUCAAAAAGAAAUGCUGGCUCUUGAAAAAUAUACACAAGGAGCAGAAGCAGAUUUAACACCAGUAACUAGAGCCUUAACUGAUGGAGUAAUGAAAACUUUUCCAAUGAGAAGGUAUACACCAGUUUCACGUAAGGAAAGAAUACAAGCAUUGUGUAGUGAUUACCUUCCAAAACCAGUUUAUGAUAUAUUAUAUACAAAUUAA